AUAUCUUUUGUCGUCUCUUAAAAGAGCUCAUUGGCAGCUCACACGAAAGCGUACUAGCCAGGAGAGAUUCACGUGGACGGAAGAUCCUUAGUCGGAGAGACGUCUACUCGCCAUGUCUGACGCCGUGGCUAUCGUUCCAGAGUUGCCAUUCCAGCAACAGGUCUCUGAAUACGCUAGACACCUCACUCGCUCUCUACCUAAUGCGAGUGACAUUGCCGCCGCGAAAGAGUUCGUCGCGGGGUAUGAGAGCCAGGUCAAGGGAGAAGAAGGACAGGAAGUCCCAGAGUCCACACGGCAAGAGAUCGUCAGGAGUUUGGUGGAGAAGACUGUAGAGUUGAAGGGGGCGUUGGAAGCGUCGAAAGAGUCUGAAACCGAAUCUUCCCACCUUUUGCUCAAUUAUCUCCUCUCUUCCACUUUCGAGCCAUCCUCUUCGACCUUUAACGAACUCUCUCGAUCCGUCAUUGACAGUCUGAGGUCCGGAGGUGAGGCAGCCGCGUCCUCAUCACGGCCAACGAGGCUCGAUGCCGCGUGUAGAAUACUCAACAAUACCUACAACUAUCUUCCUCCCACGUCCUCCCUCCGCCCACAUACCCUCACAACGCUCCUCUCCCUCCUUGCUCUCUCGUCCGAACUUUCCGCUCUUCCGCUUCACACCGCUUCCCUCUCCGCUUCCUUGACACAAUGGGACAUUUCUUCUGAUGAGAAAAUCUCAUUCCUCCUUUCCGCGGCAGAUAUCUAUGCUCAAGCGGGUCAACUGCCUAAAGCUUUGGAAAUUCAACUGCUCGCUUUACGAUUGAAGCCUUCGUCCGAUAUCGCCGAGAGAGCUUUGGCGUUGGCUUUGGCGGAUCAGACGAGAUUUAGCUUGGACGAUGUCUUGCGAUUGGAAGGAGUCAAGGCAUCACUGAAUGGCAAGAUGGCGGAAGUUAAGGGGUUGUUUGAGGGAUCAGAUGAGGUUGGCGCUGUGAAGCAGGGACUAGAAUGGUCCUCAUCUUCAAGCAGCUGGAUCGAGGGAUUGAAAGUCCCCUCACUGACGAGCGAGAGCAUCGUUCGCAAAUUACGAUUGAUCGCUUUGACGACCUUGGCUGCCAAAUCGCCAAAGCAGGAGUUGACAUAUGAGGAGACCGCCAAAGCUCUUCAGAUAGACGAAAAGGACGUCGAAGCCUGGGUUAUUGAGGCCAUUCGAGCGUCCCUGAUCCGUGCUCGUUUAUCUCAACCUCAAUCCCUCAUCCGCAUAACCUACGUCUCAUCACGUGGUACACCAGCUUUCGGACCGUCCGAGUGGCAACUCUUGGAAAGACGUCUGGAACAAUGGCAAAAGGUCGUUGGAGACGCCAGGAAAGUCGUCGAGGAUGCGGAAGGAUUGGCAGCUCAGGGUCCAAUCACACAUCGUCCGAGGACUCAAGGACCGUCAGGUCAACAGCAGCGAGAGCAAGCUGGAGCAGCAGGAGGCAGAAGGGAGGAGGAAGUUGCAGCUUGAUGAAUGGCGUCGUUGACAUGGAUACGAGAUGCAUAUGCUGCGAGGUUCAGAUGCUGGUCCUGGUGUAUGCAAUAAUCUGAUGAUCU